AUGAAUUGUGUUCGAUUGACAUUUAUUCUUCUUAGCGUAUUCAUCGCUAUUAUUCAUUGUUCAGUUACUUUUCGACGAGAAAAUCAAGAUGAAAUUGAUCCAAUUGAUUUAAUACGAGACAAUUAUGGAUGUGAUGCUGUUGUUAAAAGUUGUGGAAAUAAAGGCAAGUGUUGUGACACUCACGAUACUUGUUAUAAACGACAUGGCUGCAGUGCUAUCAGUUGGUUUUAUUUGUGGGGAAAUUGUCGACAAUGCAAUUUAGAUGUAAUGGCUUGUGUUGUCAGACAAAAUCCUGGUGUAAGUUCAUGUUGUUCAGCAAAAAAUUGUGGACAAGCACGACCAUAA